UUUUAUUUGAGGAGCUGUGCAAAGAUGGCGGUAUGAAUCCAGAUGGACAGGAUAUAGAUGAAUGUAUCGAUGUACCAGGACUAUGUGAACAUGGCAUAUGUCUUAACACUGUUGGAUCAUACAGAUGUAUAUGUAAUGGUGGAUAUACCAGUGACACUGAAGGAACUAAAUGUGUUGAUGUUAAUGAAUGUGAUCUACCUACGUCACCGUGUGAUUAUAACUGCCAGAAUACGGAAGGCAGUUUUCUCUGUGGAUGUCCUCGUGGUUUCAUACAAGGCUCAGAUGGCAAAUGUACUGAUCUUGAUGAGUGCAGUACCGAGGCUCAUAACUGUAUGUAUAUCUGUGUGAAUACGAUUGGUGGUUUUCACUGUAACUGCCCUGAAGGCUACACGCAGCAUGGCUCGGGAUGUAUUGAUGUGAAUGAAUGCGCUGAACAGCCCCAAUUAUGUGGAGGUUUUGGUACCUGUCAGAAUGACCCUGGUAGUUAUCACUGUGAAUGUCAAAGAGGAUAUACAUGGGAAGUCACUCUCAGUAUAUGCCAAGAUAUUGAUGAGUGCAUUGGUAGCAAUCAUAAAUGCCAGUAUGGGUGUCAAAAUACUGUGGGUGGAUAUAGGUGUAACUGUCCACAAGGAUUUCUACAACACUAUUAUUGGAAUCAGUGUGUUGAUGACAAUGAAUGUGCCAGUAAUCAGAGAUGUGGAUCAGCAACAUGUUACAAUACAGUGGGUAGUUAUAAAUGCGGAUGUUCUUCUGGUUUUUCCUUCAAUGAGCAGUAUUUAUCAUGUCAAGAUGUGAAUGAAUGCAGUGGUUCUGUGUCAGGUGGUCAGAAUCCUUGUUCUUUUGAGUGUCAGAACACGCGUGGUAGUUUUAGUUGUGGGUGUCCUACUGGUUACACAGCUGCAUUUCAGGGGUCAUGCGUAUCAACAUUAGGAAGGGAAGCUGAAGGGUGCUAUGAAUGUGACUUAGCAAAGAAGAAUGGUGGUGGAGGUGUGCCUUUACAGAUUCCACUUCAACCAAGUGGUUACCAAUCACCUAACCUUAACGUUAAUCAAGAUCCAUACUAUCAGGGCCAGCAACCGGUUGACACUGGAUAUUACCAGCAACCUUAUGCAAAUCCUGCUGAUCAACCUUUUAUACAGCCAUUUGGGCAAUCGCAGGGGUAUGGACAAGGUUAUGGACAAGGUUAUGGAAAACCACUGGGUCCGAGACAACCUUCUGUUGGUCAGCCAUUUGGACAACCAGUUGGUCAGCCAUUUGGUCAACCAAUUGGACAACCUGCUGGUCAGCCAUAUGGACAGCCAGUUGGCCAGCCAUUUGGACAGCCAGUUGGCCAGUCAUUUGGACAGCCUUUCGGACAGCCUAACAGCCAACAAUUCGGACAGCCUAACAACCAACAAUUUGGACAACCAAACAAUCAACCUUUUGGGCAUCCUAACAACCAGCCGGUAAAUGGUGGUUAUCCUUAUCUUAACAAGCCAGUUGAUGAUAAUUAUAAUUCCGGUGCUGAGUAUAAUCCAUAUGGUAGAUUCAAGAGAUCUCCAGAAAUUUUAAAUAAAGAGGUUAAACAUAAAAGCAAUGCCGAAAAAAUUCAUGAUGACAAUUCCAACAUCGGUGUUUCUUCCUCAACUACCACAAGAUGGGCUGUUGACGGAAAUACUUCACAAUCUGAAGAGCUGGAAAAACCAUUCUGACAAAAGGUUUGUUGGUGUGCAAAAUGGCUCUGCUCUUAUGAAUAAUUCUGAACCUCUCGGUAUUGAUAAUUGGACUGACAGCUUAUUAAAUCGUUCUAGCACAGAAACUACCACUUGGGAUAGUCCCAUUCCACGUAAUACUUCGGACAAUGUCAGUGAGGACGAUUUUGGUGAAUCACAUGUACCUGGUAAUUCAUCAAUGAAUGAUAUUGAAACAUGCAUGAACCUGCUGAUUCCAAUGAUACUGAAGCAAGAGAUGUAGAUGAACAAGAUAAUAAUAAUGUUGCAGAUGAAGAUUUGGAAACUAAUCCUAAACCCAUUGUUCUCACAAUAAAGCUCCCACAUGCAAAACCUCGGAGUAGAAUAUUGAAGUUUGUGCCCUCGCUAGCAUCAUUCGUUGGUGACAUGCAGUACAAUAUCACAAAGGGUAAUGACAAUGGGUAUUUUAUGAUUAGAGACAAACAUGGUUUCACUACUCUCUCAUUCCGAAAGCAGGUUGUGAGGCCUGCUGUGUUUCAUCUUGAGUUAUCAGGUAAAGUGAAACCCAAACCAAUUGGGGAAAAAUUAGAAGAAGCUCUAUGGAACAGCCAAACAAAAAGAUCAUCAGUGAUGGCACUAGAGCUCCACAUUGUGCCUUGAUGAAAUAUGUACUAGCUUUUGUUGGUUUUUUAAGCAUACUGAAUAGGAUGUAUUAGAUUUUCUGCUUGCUUUGUAGAUUCUGCAAAACUUUUGUCAAGAAUGAACCCACAUGUUUUUUUUCACGUGUAGCAGUCGUACAGCACAUUGAAAAGUAGAUAUUAUGACGUUCAAAUAAAGGAUUUUUUUUUACUAUUUCAUUCUAUUUGUAUGAUUAUACAAACACUGAUUCUUUAAAUUGGGCAUGUGAGUAAUACAUAUAAAUGUAUUUGUUGAGACAAACAUUGGGCCAUACUGUUAUAUGAUCAAGCAUUUUGGAGAUCAUCCUCAAUAUUUUAGGUUCAGAGGUUAUGGACCGCACAAUUUUUAACAAUUUAAUCUGCAUAUUUGAUAACCUUUGUGUCGUUUCUGAUUUACUAUAUACAACUUCAAUCAUCAAAGCAAUAUUUGAUCUAAUUUCUGCAAGAUUUCACAAUUUCACAAUAUUUUUGUCUUACAUACUGUUCAUUUGUUAUUUCUUUUACGUCUUCUUUAUUCAAGCUAUAAAUGCCUACAGCUAAAUUACAUUGUACUUUUAAGGAAUUGUGUACUUCCUGUCUGUUGAGAAUUACAUUCUCGAAGUUAUGACAAAUCGUUCAUGAAACAGAUUUAACUAUAUGAAAAAAUUGAUGCAUAAUACGCCACAUUUCAGAGCUAGUUUUGCAACAAUUUAUAAUAUUUUGAGUCCUCGAACAUUCGUCAUAUAAUGAUAUUGAAUAGACCAUUUCUUCUGUAAAGAGACCAUAUGGGACAUUUCUAGAUUUAGUGUACUUUAUGUCGACAACAGUGCUUAUAAUUACAAUGAAUCUAUGCUACUUCUUCUUCAAUGAUGAAUUAUAAACAUAUAUUGUAUUGUCAUGUGUCUGUUUUUUGUGUGCAGUGUCUAUUUUGGCAAGGACCACCAACACAAUUAUGAUAUGUGAAGCCCAAGGUUUUAUUUUCUUGCUUGAUCGUUGUAAUCUUAAUAAAAUCUGAGUUUAUACA